AUGGAGGGCGCGGAGGAGAGAGAUGAGGAUGAGGAUGACGAGGACGGCAGGGUGCUGGAGGAAGUGGAGGAUGAAGCUGCAGCGGUUGACGAGGAGGAUGUGGAGGAGGAGGAGGAAGAUGAGGAGGUGGGGAGAGCUCUUGCGGAGGAGAGCGAGAGCGAGGAUGAAGCAGAUGGAGUGGAUGAUGGCGAUGAGGAGGCCCUCCUGGCUGUCGCUGUCGUCGCGGAAGGGGCCGCCGUUGAUGACGCCCUAGGCAUCAGCACGGAAGAUAUGGACAAAGCGCUUUCUUCUCUCCGAGCAUCUCCUUACGCCGGCUCGGCUCCGCUUCUUGAGAAGUUCUUUCGGAUGGUCAAGCGGGUGAAUGGGACCUCCAAGGCAACGCCCGUGACGGUUCUCCAGCCGAUCAAUCCCCUCAAGGUGGUGCGCAACUGGGUGCGCUUCUCCGCGGGCGAGCGCAGGCGCGUGGCGCGCUACCACAUGCUCAAGGGCGUGUUCACCAAGAGAAAGCUCCGCAAGGCCGCGCGCUUCACCAAAUUCCCGACAUACGAGGGCGGAAAGGUCACCAAGUGGUCCGGCAGGCUCCUGCCCUCCGUGGUGCUCAAGGGCGGCUCGGACAUUCUCCCUGCGGUGCUCGUCUUUGGGAACUUCUACGUCAGCAAGCAUUUCGCGCUGCAUAUCAUCUCGAGCUCCUUGACUCCGGGCGACGUGUAA